AUGAUGGUUUCCGUUGAUGUGAACUCACUGUUUACAUCGGUAGAUAUGGACACCGCCAAGAUGACUCUCGCCAAACUGCUGGACGGAUAUGACAAACCAAAUGGAUCGCUGGAAAAAGAAGACCUCUGCGAAUCGCUCAGCCUGUGCCUGACCACAUAUUUUGAACUCAACGGCGACUACUACAAACAGGUACGAGGAACACCGAUGGGAUCUCGGAUUUCUGGAUUUAUUGCAGAAGUUGUAAUGCAAGAACUAGAGCAAAUUGUACUUCCGGACAUAAACCCCAAGAUAUGGAUCUGUUAUGUAGACGACACUUUUGUCAUUCUCAAAAGGAGUGAAUUUGAACCAACAAACGCAAUCAGUGGACUCCUCGGUGGCACACUGGAAGCAGAGCAAGCGCAAGAACUGUUCAGCUUACUCGAAAUCAACGCAGACUCUAAGGCAUUAACGGUCGAUGAAUUCUGUGUCCUUUGCGCACUGGCAGAAAGGUUUUACUACCGGAAGAAUCUACGAUCCCUAACAGAAGAGACGCAACAAAUGCAGCGCGGAAUUCUGGAGGCUGCAGACUUCCACCGACUUUCAAUAAGGCUGCACGGAAUCAACAUCUUACCGUCGCUGUCACGGUUCCUCGAUCGACUGGUUGAAGCAGGUACUGGAAGUUGA